AAAGCGGAACGUUCUGGGGCGGUCCGGAGAUAGUAUGGCUUAGAGCGUGCCACAGUGCGCCGAGAAGUCGUGAGUCGCUUCGCUUUCGCCAGGAUAAUCGAGAGUCUAGUCAGUCAGUCAGUGAAGGGAGACCAACCAACCCAACUGCGUGUUGAUCGUGAUCGUUAGUGUGUGCGUGCGUUUAACGUGUGUCACGUGUUAAAGGACAGCAUGAUGAAUCUGGCAGCAAUAGCAGCGGUGCUGGCGUUAGGCCUGUGCGGGACCAUCUUCCCGGUUGCGGCCGUUCCGUUCGAUGGAUACGAAUAUCCGGCCCCCGACAACCAGCUUACGUACCCGGCCUGCGUUCCCAGCACCUCGAUCGUCACCUCGACGAUCACCAAACCGACGACGCUCGUGCGGACCGACUACCGGACGGUCACAUCGACCAAAAUUGUCCCUACAACGACAACCGCCACCAUCCGCCAGACCGUUACCGAUGUUCAGUAUGAUACGGUCACGCAAACGCUGCCACCGGUGACCUCGUACCGUACGGAUACCCGUACCCUUACCGUGACGUCACGAACCGUCGAUACGUCCUACUUCACCGAGACGAUCCCGGUCACGCAAACGCUCACCAGAACGCAAACGAGCAUCCUGACGAUGCCGGUGACGCGCAUCGUUUCGACGACCCUCACGGACACCGUUACCAGUACCUCGGUACCACCGGCCAUUACCCGUUUUAACACGAUCACCAAGACGCUCACGUCGACGCGCACGGAUACGGAAACGUUGACCGAUACCCUGACCAGCACGCUCAUCAAAACGACGCCCGUGACGCAGUUCCGCACGAAGACGGAUACGCGCACCGUCACCCAGACCGUACCGCAGAUCGUUCCGACGACCGUAACCAGCACGAAGGUGGAACGAUCGACGGUGACGCUGCCCUGUAACGAUCGCCAGUAUCUGCCACCACCGCCAGCAGCUACCUGUCCACCACCAAACCGUGACUAUCUGCCACCGCAGCAGGCGCCGCCACCGCCAGCACCCUCCAACUACGUACCGGUGCAAGCACCGAGAAAGGACGUUUCGUAUCUGCUUGGCCGCAAGAACCUCUUCCAGUUGCUCUAAUGGGGGGAAUGGCGAUCCGUAUGGUUUUGUAUUCAUGCGCCACGAGAAACACGUUACUAAUAAAGAGAUAAAAACCAAUUGGCC